GAGAGAGAGAGAGAUAUAUAGUGAGAGAGUGAGAGGGAGAGAGAGAGAGAGAAAGAAAGACGUGCGCCUGCAUCAGCCGGAGAUCUAAACCUGUGGAUUUAAAUCCGACAGACUCACUAUUUGUUUUUAUUUCACAGUUUAUAUCUCUGAAAUAAAGCAUAUCAUUUUAAAGAAUCAAAUAUCUGCACAAAAGGUCGCAAUGAUACCAUUUUUCUGUGCUGCAGUUUAAAAAAUAGUUGGAAAGGUUUGUAAAAUUUAAAAGCUGAUACCAGAAAAAAAUUCUUGACCUCCAGUGAUUCACCCUUCAACAAUCAGCUGAAGUGUGCUGCAACUCUGCUGACACGUGGGAUUUGCUUCUGGGUCGUUCUUUGAGCAUAUGUUACUAUUCAGAAAAUAAUUCGCAAACUAUUUAUUUUCCCUGAGCAGGGCUCAUAUUUAUGCCCACUUCAGAAUUAUAAAGUUAUGCAUUGGGUUUCGCCUGUUUGUUCACGACGUGUUCGUAAAUGCUGACGUGCCCUGUGUGUGGUCAAAGUAAGCCAACUCUGUGACUCAGCUGCUCUCAGAAUUAGGCAACACAGAAACAACACUGCUAAGCAAAGGUGUGCCUAAAACUGCUACUUGAACUGUUUUGCUCCGUUAAUUCUCUUGUGAUGGAUGUGAAACCAAAGCAGAAUUGUCAAGGAGUCCCAAGAAGUCCCACGCCUUUUUAAUAAAAAGGAAUUGAUGCGUUAUAUCUUUCAACUUUUUGCCUAAAGGCAGAAAUCAAGCCAGAGAGUGGAUCUUGGAAAAGUCACUCAGCCAACUCUAAAGGACUUUUAAUGUGCUAAAACUCAGGAAAAUGAAGUAAACAAAAAUAGUUUUGGGGGGAAAAAACAAACAGUCACUGCCAGGAUAAAUUUGGUCAAAAGAGUUUUUUCUAAAAACGUUUUUGCUUUUUCAUUUAAGUUUUAAUUGGGCUUGUUAGUUGUAAGCACACAUUAGUAACUCUUCUGUCAGGUCAUGGCAGAUUCUUGCUCCGAUACCGUUGAUGGUGAGGUUGUAGGCAUUUCUGAAGGACAGAAGUUAAACACAACCAAAAAUGAGGACUUUGACCCUGCCAGACCACAAGAGGGAAAAAUCAGCCAAAAAGAGGUUGUGGGUUCCACUGAGCAUGGGAGUACACAUGAUGGAAGUACUCCAUGUGUUACAAAAGAUGACAGCACACCAUGCAGAGAUCCUCCUCCAACCUCAUCGUCUCUUGAAGAUGAAGCUAAAACCGUUCAGUUGGUCUCAGUGACCAGUAGGAGCCAAGAAGACAAGACUGAUGAUUCCGAGAUCAUCAAUAGCCUAUCCUACACACCCAGCCAAUCAGAAGUGACGCCCACUUUCUCCAUGGCCAGUCUGGAAUUCUCAGAGGAGACUAAUGGGAUACCUCCUGAUGGACCUUUGAUUUCAACUAAAUCUGCUCAGGAUGGUGAUUACAAGUUUUCACCUGAUCAAGUCCCCUCUCAGGAGGGGGAUGAUGCUGGGAUCUGUGGUGGGGGUGCUGCUAAGGUUAUGGCAUCGGAGCCGACCAUGCCAGCAUAUUAUUUUGUCAAGUGGAUCACCUGGAAAGAGAAGAAGACAGCGAUCAUCACACAAAGCGAGAAUGGACCUUGCCCGCUGAUAGCCAUUAUGAACAUACUGCUGUUGCGGUGGAAGGUGAAGUUUCCUGCUCAGACAGAGGUGGUCACCACAGAAGAGCUAAUGGCUCACCUUGGUGAAUGUGUGUUGUCCAUUAAACCACGAGAGAAAGCAGAGGGUAUGGAGCUCAAUUUUCAACAGAACAUGAGCGAUGCGAUGGCUGUGCUGCCAAAAUUGUCAACAGGCCUCGAUGUUAAUGUGCGUUUUACGGGUGUGUCUGAUUUUGAGUACACUCCUGAAUGCAUCGUCUUUGAUCUGCUUGACAUUCCACUCUACCAUGGCUGGCUCGUAGACCCGCAGAGUCCUGAAAUGGUGUCUGCAGUGGGAAAGCUGAGCUACAACCAACUGGUGGAGAAGAUUAUAGACUUCAAGCACUCGACAGAUAGCAGUCAAGUCAGUGAAGGUUUGAUAGCAGAGCAGUUUUUGGAGUCCACGGCAACACAGCUGUCAUAUCACGGCCUGUGUGAGCUCAGCACAACAGCCAAGGAGGGCGAGCUGUCUGUGUUUUUCAGAAACAACCACUUCAGUACCAUGAUAAAGCACAAGGGUCACCUCUACAUACUGGUCACAGAUCAGGGUUUCCUGCAGGAGGAGAAUGUGGUGUGGGAGAGCCUUCACAAUGUGGAAGGGGACGGAAACUUCUGUGACUCAAACUUCAGAUUGUGUCCCCCAUCCCAGAAACCCUCAGCAGCCAGCCAACCUACUGCACAGCAACAGCAGCAAAUGCAGAUCGACCAGGACUAUCUGGUGGCGAUGUCCCUGCAGCAGGAGCAGGGUGAAGCUCCUGGACCCUUGAGUGAUCUGGAGCUGGCCAGACAGCUGCAGCAGGAGGAGUACCAGCAACCUCAGCAGCAACAACAAAAGCAGCAGCAACAACCCUCUGCAGGACAGAUGAGAGGUCAGGCCACAGCUCAACACGGAGGACAGAGGCGUCGAGAAAAGAAGGAAGACUCUGAUUGUUGCAUUCUUUAAGUUACAGUCCACUCGCCACCAUAACCAAACUCUCUUAAGCCAGUUCAGCUUCAGUUAACAUCUUUCUUCUGUACUACUGUUGAAACAAGGGACAUUUCUAGCUGACCUGUCGUCCCAAUGCCAAGCCUGCCUUUCCUGUACAGUUGUCCCUCUGUUUUUGCCUUUCCUUUAGCCUCAUGUUUGGAACUGUUGCUUAUCAUUGACUUCUGGACCAAACAAAAAGGUAGCAGUUGUUUCUGAACACUAAUGAGCAUUUUUCUGAGUGCUAGUAAGGGCCUAACUAUACCAGGUUAAAGUAUUGUAUUGUAAAUGAAGAACUGUAACAGUAAAUAAUCAGGUAUUGUUAUAAGACUUUAAUAUUAUACUGAAAUACUACUGUCUGAAGUUGAUCUGUAAAGUUACCUGACAUCAGCUUUUCAUCCAAAAGUGAUGUACAGUACUCUGUGCUUUGAUUCGCUCAGCAAACUGUGGGGCUCUGGGGUCCUUUUAAGCUGAGACAAUAAAAGAUACCUUUUCUGUGUUAAUAUGAAA